AUGAAUUUUGCUAGGAAGCACAUCUUCGAGGACAUCAAUCCCUAUACUUGUCUUCUUGAGGACUGCUCAACUCCAUUCGCCACAUAUGCUACCGAACGUGAUUGGGAGAAACAUGUCAAAGACAAGCAUCCGCCUCGACGACUGUGCCCUUUCUGCCAGGAUAGCAGCACUAUAUUCCUGAGUAUGGAAGCUUUACUGGAGGACGUUCAAGUCGAACAUGCCGAAGCGGCAUCUGAAAGUCUCAUGAUGGCCGUUAUGUCUCAUUUGAGCGUCGUCACCAUUGGUGUUCCCAACUGUCCCCUUUGCGACUCCACUGGACCUGAAUCGGAUCCUGAAUUUAUCAAGCAUGUUUUACAGUGUAUGCAUGACUUCUCGCUACGGUCCCUUCCUUGGGCUGGACGUUCUUCAGACAAGUCCAGAUGCGUUCGCACGUAUAACCUGGAAUUGGCCGAAUAUGAGGGUAUAUCGCGAUGGUUGGCAGACCUGAAACCGGAAGAGACGAGCAAACUUCAGCUAUCGGAGUAUGAUAACUUCGAGGUAUCACCGGAGAAUCAUUUGAACGUUCAUUUUGAAAAUAACGCCUAUUUCGAUCUUGAGUCUGCACAAGACUCAAUCGAGGCACUGGAAAGGAGCUCAAAAUCAUUCAGCCAGCAGGAGGCCGAUCUUGACAGUACCGAAGAGACAAAGAACUUUCAUCUUCCUUUUCCUACCCCAUCAUACCUAAGAGAGUCUUCAUAUAUGUCCCGCUUGAAUGCUGCCUACCGUGGAAUGACACGAGAUAGGAUAGAUCAAAUUGACGAUCAAGAUCUUUUACCUCUCCCAUCGCGAUGGAAUGACGACGAUAAAGGGGAGGGAUUAGAACUGACCGACGAGGGAUUGGAAGUUAAGUAUACCGGUUUAAUCAGUAAACAUGACCAUGAGGCAUCAGCUGUUCGUGCGGAUAAACCUAUGUCGCCACAAUGUGCGAUUUACUACUUCGAGGUUCGAAUAAUUUCCGUUGACAGUGGAGGGUCAUUCUGUCUUUUAUCUUGUCAUUUUGACUCAUAUUAUUCAAGAAAGAUGAUACCCAGGUGUGAAUUGAUAUAUUAA